AUGGCUACCCCUAGUGUCCUAGUCUUUGACGCCGAGGGUCGCGCCAUUGACUUUGAGGUCUGGCUAGACGACCUGCAGCUGUUCUUACAGUGCGACAGAGCUGACGGCCUUUCUCUCUUUGACCUCACCUCUGGCGCCUCUCCUGCUCCUGCUGCCGAUGCUGAUCCCACUGUUCGCUCUCAGUGGGCCACCCGCGAUGCUGCUGCACGUCUUGCUGUGCGUCGCCACCUCCCUACCUCUGAGCGUGCGCACUUUAGUCAGUACAAGAGUGCUCAGACCUUGUACGACGCUGUCGUUGCGCGCUACUCCUCCCCUGCCACUGCUGCACUGAGCCGUCUCAUGCUUCCCUACCUCUUUCCUGACCUCUCUGCCUUUCCCACUGUUGCUGACCUCAUUACGCACCUCCGCACUAGUGACACUCGCUACCGCGCCGCCCUUCCUGCUGAGGACCACUUUCUAGCAGUCUGUCCCACCACUCUCACCGUCGACCUCCUCGAGAAGGCCCUCCUCUCAGCUGAGAAGAGCAUAGUUGCUGUAGGGGCUUCUCGUGGUGACCCUCGCACCCCCAUCUUUGAGGGGUGCUCUCCUUCCCCCUUGCUGCCCUCUGUUGCCUCUGCUGCUGCUGCCGACCUGCUUGGUCUUGAGUCGGUCGGCGCGGCGUCUGCCCCUAGUGGGAGACGUCGCUCCAGCAAGGGCAAGGGGGGCAAGGGCGCGGGUGGAGCUGGAGGGAGCGGUGGAGGUGGCGGCGGUGGCGGCGGCGGGAGUGGGAGUGGCGGCGGGAGUAAUGGAGGUGGUGGUGGUGGUGGCAGCAGCGGCGGAGACGGUGGUGGUGGCGGCGGCGGUGGUGGAGGUGGCAGCGGCGGAGGUGGAGGCGGCGGAGGUGGAGGCGGUGGAGGCGGUGGAGGCGGCGGCGGAGGAGCAGGAGGUGGUGGAGGGAGCGGAGCUGGUCGGGGUGGUACCCAGCAGCGUAGCGGCGGUGGUGGUGGCCAGCGCUCGCAGCGGCAGCAGCAGCAGCGCUCACGGGACAUCCCUCCGCCCCAGCAGCUUCGUGAGUGGUACGCUGGGCGUCUGAGGGGUGGGGGUACUGGUCCCUGCACCUACGUUCUUCGUUCCGGCGACCGCGCGGCGAUCUUUGAUCUUGAUUUUGAUGCUAUCCUUGCUGCUAUGUAUGCUGUGACUUAUAGUGAGGAGAAUGAGGGUUACCGGUGUUUCCAGCCCGACCCGGGCAUUGGUACUGCUGCGCUAGGUGCUUGUGAGGCUGCUGCUCUAGGUGCCAGUGCGUCUGCGCUCUCAAGUACUGGUGAGACUGCGCUUUCAGGUACUGAGUCGCCCUCGUCCUCCCUCACUUUCACACUUGACUCCGGAGCUUCUCGCUCCUUCUUCCGAGACCGCACUACCCUUACGCCUCUUGGCCGGCCGGUUGCGGUCUCCCUUGCUGACCCCUCUGGGGGUCCUGUCCUGUCUCACUUCUCCACUGUCCUCCCGUGUCCGGCUGCCCCUUCGGGCACCCUGUCUGGUCUGUACCUUCCCUCGUUCUCCACGAACUUGGUGAGUGGUGCGGCCCUACAGGAUGCGGGGGUUCACCAGUUCACUCCUGCGAGUCAGGGGGUGACCCACUGCACGGACGCGCGCACAGGCCGACACCUGGCCACCUUCUCGCGUCGGCCGGGGUCGAGUCUCUACACCCUGACCACUUCGUCUCCUCCUGUUCCUGUGUCAGGUCAGGUAGCUGCGUCAGGUCAGGUGUUUGUUGCUGCGUCCCGGUCAGGUCCUGAGUCUGCCCCCUGUUCUUGCCGCCUCCUGUCUCACGAGACUCUUCUGUGGCACCACCGUCUUGGCCACCCCUCCUUGCCCCGUCUUCGGAGCAUGGCGUCCCGUGUCCUUGUCUCUGGUCUUCCCCAGUCUCUCCCUCCUCUCCCCUCCGGGCCAGGACCUUCCUGUGUCCCCUGUGUCGAGGGUCGCCUCCGGGCUACUCCUCACUCCUCCCACUUCCCCCCGACAGAGGCUCCCCUGCAGACGCUUCACAUGGAUGUGUGGGGCCCAGCCCCCGUCCGUGGGCAGGGUCACGAGCGCUACUUCCUGUUGGUGGUUGACGACUACUCGCGUUACACCACAGUCCUCCCCUUGCGCAGCAAAGGUGCGGUCACUGAGGUGCUGAUCGACUGGAUCCGCGAGGCUCGUCUCCAGCUCAGGCAGAGAUUCAGCUCGGACUUUCCUGUUCUGCGUCUGCACUCAGACAGAGGCGGAGAGUUCUCCUCUCGCCUUCUGCGAGACUACUGUCGCGCACGGGGGAUCCGCCAGACCUGUACGCUUCCAGACUCUCCACAGCAAAAUGGGAUUGCUGAGCGCCGCAUUGGCAUGGUCAUGGAUGUCGCUCGUACGUCCAUGAUGCAUGCGGCUGCCCCCCAUUUUCUGUGGCCGUUUGCGGUGAGGUACGCGGCGCAUCAGCUCAACCUUCACCCCCGGGUCUCUAGGCCUGCGAUGUCCCCAGCCUUGCUGUGGACGGGGAAGGUUGGCGAUGCGUCUGCGUUCCGUGUCUGGGGAUCUCGGGCGUUUGUCCGCGACUUGUCUGCGGACAAGCUGUCCCCUCGUGCUGCUCCCUGUGUCUUCCUUGGCUUCCCCACUGACGCCCCAGGGUGGCAGUUUUACCACCCCUCCUCUCGUCGUGUUCUGUCCUCCCAGGACGUCACGUUCGACGAGUCAGUCCCCUUCUACCGUGUGUCCCAGGUAGACGCCGCUGACCCGGUCGAGGUUACUGGUGACUCUGGUGCUGCUGCGGGUGCUGAGCCUAGGGGUGCUGACUCUGGGGGUGCUGUGCGCGGGGGUGGUGAGCCUGAGUGUGCUGGGCCUGGGGGUGCUACUGCGGAGAGUGCGGAGCCUGGGGGUGCUGAGCCGGGGGGUGCUGUGCCUGGAGGUGCUGGGUCUGGGGGUGCUACGUCGAGAGCUGCUGAGCCUGGGGGUGCUGCGUCUAGAGCUGCUGAGCCUGGGGUUUCUCCUGCUGCGCCUCGCCGGGAGCCCCUCUCUCCACAGGAGCUGCGCGAGUGGUUCGCUCGCCGCUGGAGACGUGCUGCUGAGUCUGGCGGUGCUGUUGGAGCUGGAGCUGGUGCUUCUGCGACCGUCGAGGGUGCUGGUGCUGCCAGUCCCGGAGCUGCUGGACCUGCGGGUCCUCCUGAAGCUGGAGCUGCUGGGGCCGUUGGUGCUGAGACUACUGCUGUUGGUCCUGCCGCUGGAGGAGUGGGUGACGCUGGUGCUGUCGCUGAGGGUGCUGGUGCUGUCCCUGCUGCGUCUGGAGCUGCCGCGCGGCCUCGGCCGUACUUCGUCCCGCUUCUGCAGCAGGUUCUUGGUCUUUCUCCUCCAGUAGAGGGUCCACCGCCUGUCCAGUCGCAGUCCCUGCUGGAGCCUUCCUCUCCACUGCCUGCUCCCUCUCCUUACACUGGUCCUACUGGAGGUCUUGCUGAGCGUCGUGAGCCUGCGUCUCGUCCCGCGUCGCCUGUUCGUGCUGCAUGCGCUAGUGGUCGCAGUUCGCGUCAGCGUCCUCCUCCUGUCCCUGGCACGCACCGGAUGUCUCUGCGUCCGUCCACUGCUCCUCUGCGUGCCCCUUUGCCUUCUCCUCCUGAGUCCUCUCUUCCUGCGCUUGCCGACCCUGAGUCGGACUCUCUUCGUGCUGCCAGUCCUACUGUCACGCGUCUACUUGCUAUUGUCGUCACUGACCCCUCUUUUGAGUCCAGUGCUGCGUCUGCUCUUGUCGCUGAGCUUGUCGACUUUGCUGCUCGCUGUCGUCUAGACUACGCUGCUAGUCUUGUUGCUGAGUCUGCGUCUGUCUGUCCUCCGUCCGUCGGGGGUGAGUGUGCUCUUGGCACGGACGUCCUAGAGGACAGGCAGGAGGAGCUACAGUGUCUAGCGGCUGCUUCACCUCAUCUCGCGUCUGUACUGCUUGCCCCUGAGGGAGACCCGGAUGCACUAGACAUCCCGACUCCACGUUGUUACGCGGAGGCCGUAGAGGGUCCCUACUCCUCUCAGUGGCAGGCAGCUAUGGAUGCAGAGAUGGCUUCCUGGAAGUCCACAGGCACCUACGUUGACGCGGUUCCCCCUCCUGGGGCGAACAUCGUCAGUGGCAUGUGGAUCUUCAGGGUGAAGCGGCCGCCUGGCUCUCCACCUGUCUUCAAGGGGCGGUACGUUGCUCGUGGCUUCAGUCAGCGGCAGGGAGUUGACUACUUUCAGACCGUCUCUCCCACCCCGAAGAUGACCACUCUUUGGGUGCUGCUGCACAUAGCCGCUCAGCGCGACUACGAGCUUCACUCUCUCGACUUCAGCACUGCGUUCCUGCAGGGUAGCCUGCACGAGGAGAUCUGGCUGCGCCGUCCGCCUGGCUUCACUGGGACUUUCCCUCCUGGCACCCAGUGGAGCCUCCGACGGCCAGUCUACAGUCUCCGCCAGGCACCGCGUGAGUGGCACGACACACUGAGGACUACGCUUGCGGCUCUUGGGUUUGCUCCUUCUACUGCUGACCCGUCGCUGUUUCUGCGCACCGACACUUCCCUGCCGCCGUUCUACAUCCUCGUGUACGUCGACGACUUGGUCUUUGCCACAGCGGACACUGCUGGACUUGCCUACGUGAAGUCCGAGCUGCUGAAGAGACACACGUGCACAGACCUGGGUGAACUGCGCAGCUACCUUGGCUUGCAGAUCACUCGGGACAGAGCACGCCGCACCAUUACCUUGACUCAGUCACACAUGGUGCAGCAGGUCCUUCAGCGCUUCGGCUUCACGUACUCCUCGCCUCAGGCCACUCCUCUGCCUACUCGCCACUCACUCUCAGCUCUGCCUUCGGAUGAGUCCGUAGAGUCGAGUGGUCCGUAUGCAGAGCUUGUUGGCUGCCUCAUGUACCUGAUGACCUGCACACGACCUGACCUUGCAUACCCUCUGAGCAUUCUUGCACGCUAUGUUGCUCCUGGCAGACACCGACCAGAGCACAUGGUUGCAGCGAAGAGGGUAUUGCGCUACCUGUGCAGUACGUCGGGCAUGGGGCUAGUGCUUGGAGGGCGGAGUCCGGUGGUCGGACUAUUAUUAUAG